UUAUUUAACCUCAUAUUCAUCAUCGGUUUUCUCGCCCCCUUUAUUCAUACUCUUCAUUCUCUCUCUACUCUCUCUCUCUCUCUCUUCGAUUUGAUCCAUUGAUCCCUCUCCAUCAAGCUUUUCUCAGAAAAAAUGGAUUCCAAGUUCCCGUUUUUUUCUCCCCUGCCUGACUUUCCCGACGAUGAAGAUUCAUCGUCAAGCGAUGGUAGUUUAAUUUUCUUCCAAAAUCUCAUCCAACAAGCGGAGGAGCUACUAGACACGGCAUCGUCUAGUAAAAACGCGGGGAUCGUCAAUAGCAAGAGGAUGGGGCUAACUUUCACCAAGCUCUUCAGCCGGCUCUUUGCCAAGAAAGAGAUGCGUAUAUUGAUGGUUGGUCUCGAUGCGGCUGGUAAGACAACCAUUUUGUACAAGCUCAAGCUCGGCGAGAUUGUGACAACUAUUCCUACCAUAGGUUUUAAUGUGGAGACCGUUGAGUACAAAAACAUUAGCUUCACAGUGUGGGAUGUCGGGGGUCAGGACAAGAUUCGUCCAUUGUGGAGGCACUAUUUCCAGAACACCCAGGGUCUUAUCUUUGUGGUUGAUAGCAACGACAGGGACAGAGUUGUUGAGGCAAGAGAUGAAUUGCACAGGAUGUUGAAUGAAGAUGAGUUGAGAGAUGCAGUUCUCCUUGUGUUUGCUAACAAACAAGAUCUCCCAAAUGCAAUGAACGCUGCUGAAAUCACCGAUAAGCUUGGUCUCCACUCUCUCCGACAGCGCCACUGGUACAUCCAGAGCACUUGUGCAACCUCCGGAGAAGGACUUUACGAAGGAUUGGACUGGCUUUCCAACAACAUAGCAAACAAGGCAUGAGGCGGUGAUUUGAUAACGUGAGGAUGGAUCUUGGCAGUUUGUGGUGGUACUGGUUUUGGAACUUGUUAUUUGAAAGGGUAAUUUGCUUUUGAUAUACUUUGUUUGUUUGGAUUGAAAGUAUGUUUGGUAGGGUGGUUAUUAUUCUUUAAUAUGAAAUUGUUAAGUUUUUGUGAUGCUUAGAAUUACCAUGUAGUUUGUUCGUAUACUAUUAUAUGAUAUGGUAAAUUCAGCUACUCA